UUUCAAUUAAUUUACCAGGAGUUUUAUAAUAGCUAUAAUUAUAUAAAAUUAAACAAAGAAUUAAAGUUCUGUUAAGAAAUGCAGAAGUUAAUAGCGCGGGAACACGUUCUAUUAACAGACAAUAUAUUAAAGACUCUCAGUCAAAAUCGUAUCAUAACUCUUAUGGACUUUCUUCAAGAAGACGCUGAAAAGUUAUCAACUUUAAGCAAACUUAGCUUACCACAAAUUUUAGAAAUAAGAAAUCAUAUUCUUGAUAGGUAUUCAGCACCACUAGUAAACGGAAUCAGCUUAUAUUCAAACAGAUUAACUUGUAAACAGAUUGUUCCUACUGGAAUUACUAGUUUAGAUGCAGUUUUGGGUAAUGGAAUUCCAGUUGGAUUUAUAACUGAAAUAUGUGGCCUUGCUGGCAGUGGUAAAUCACAACUAUGCAUGCAACUUGCAAUAAACUGUGUCAAAAAUACCAGUUCUGCUGUACUUUACAUAGACACAAAAGGUGAUUUUUCUGCUGUAAGAGUCCAAAAAAUCUUAGAUUCAUGCGGAUGUUCUCAUAAGGACAUGGCUGUUAUAAUGUUAAAAAUAAAAGUUAUCAACAUUUGGCAUAUGGAAGAUUUGAUAAACUUGUUUGAGGAGCUUAAAAAUGGUGUCCUUAUUAUUGAAAACUUAUCACUAAUUAUUUUAGAUUCAUUACCCAGUCUUAUGUUCCAACAUUUUGGUGAUGAUAACAAAAUAGGAUUGAAAUUGUUAAACUACUUUGUUAACUAUGCAAGACACAUAAGCAAAGGAAUGGAAAUUGGAUUUGUUUGUGUCAAUAUUCAGACUCGAUGGAUUGAUCAAGAUGUUGAAGAGCUUGAAGAUGAUGGUAAUCAAAGCGCAUCUACAACAAGAGGAACUACAUAUACUGAGAAGUGGAAUAGAUGCUUGGGUAAAUAUUGGCAAAAUAUACCCAUUAAAGUACUUUUUCUGGAAAAGUAUCAAAAUUCAAAUGAAAAUAAUAUUUCUACAAUAGGUGUAAAAGUGAUGAAAUACAAUAACCCUAAUUUGAUACAAAAAUGUAAGUUAGAAGUUGGGCCAUUUGGAAUAGGAUAAUAAAUAUAUAAGCGAGA